AUGCAGCAAAAGGUGGUGUUGAAGGUGGUUAUGAAGUGCCAAAAAUGCCGGAAGGAGUCCCUCAAGGUGGCUGCAAAACAAGACGGCGUCAGCUUUGUUGGAUUGGAAGGACAAGAGAAAGACAAAGUUGUGGUGAUUGGAGAUGGUGUUGAUGCUGUCAAGUUGACUAGAGAGUUAAGGAAGAAGGUUGGAUACGCCGAAAUCAUCAGUCUGGCAGAGCAGAAGUAAUGGACAUCCAGCUGAUUGGUUUGGGAGUUACUUCCACAAGAAUCUCAAUAAAUGCCAGAGGGACAACACUGAUAAUUAUAGCAUAGAAAACUUUCUUCUUUGCCUGCCUUGUGUGUAUAAUAUUUCUUUUUCUUGUGAUGAUAAAGUUCACGAUUUUCUGUUAGGCACUUGAAAUUUCCUUUGUAUAAGAUGAGAUUUGCUGGAAUUUGGACCUUUGAAUUCUGGUUUGGUGGGAGAUAUAUGACCUUAAAUUUCCAUUUUCUUUUCA